UGCAAUGCGACAGGCGACUGUAAAAUAUACUAAAUUGUAGUAACAAAUAAUAAUAUUGAUCGAGUUCAGUUAUCCGAUUACAGUCGCUCAUCGGUAAAUCAUAAAUCAUAAUUCAUACAGACCAUAGAAAGUAACCUUUUAGCUUUUAUGCUAUAUUUUUCCUAAUUGCAUUCGAUUAUUGUUAAAAUGAAAAGUUGUUUUUCUCAUAAACUAAUAAUUCUGUUUCUUUUUACCGAUUGUUAUUUAAAAUCUUCUGAGUCACUAUGUCUUGUUACGUGACUCAUUCCCGCGAAUGUAAUGUUGUGAUUUCUGGGUCUGAAACCGAUACGAACCGUGUAACAUACUAUAACAUCAAAGUGAAUGUUGGCGAAGUGGCAUGGACUGUACGAAAGAGAUACAAAGAAUUUGCAGAUCUUCACGCCAAGCUGGUGAAUGACCAUACUGUAACCAAAGACAUUCUGCCGGGCAAAAAAAUUAUUGGCAACAAAGAACCAGAUUUUAUUGAAAGACGUAGAAUUGGCCUGGAAAUAUACUUACAAACCAUUUUGUCGUUUUUACAAAAGUCCAUGCCUGAAGAACUGUUUGAUUUUUUAGAAUUUGACAAGUAUGAUGUCAUGCUAAUUGUUAAAAAACUAGCUACUGAAUUUUAUCAAAAUGGUGAUGUGUACCUGGCAAAUGAAAAUUGUUUCAAUUUCAACGUGUUACAGUUGUAUGCUAUUAGUGAACGAUUAAAGUUACCAUGUCCAGAUAGCGAAAACAACAAGUUCAAUUUUAGUCAUGUACUGGAUUUUUGUUUAAGACUGAAACACUUGGCUAUCAAAGGAGGACAGCAUUAUGUCAAUGCAAGCAAUAUAGUAUACAAUAAUUUAAAUUUUGAGUUAUCAUCAUUCAAAAGUGUUAUUAAAUUAGAAUGUUUCAAUAUAGCUUCGAAUAUGAUUUAUAAUAUUAAACCAUUAAGAAACACAGUACGUGCAAUUACAAUUUAUAAUUCAAAAUUAAAAAAACCUGAAGAUAUUUUGUUAUGUGAUUAUGUUCAUAAAGAGUGGUCGUCUGAUAUGGAUUCAAAUAUGGUUUGGAACAAAGUGAAAUCAGUAGAUUUUAGCUGGAAUGAAAUUGAAACAUUAGCAAGCUUAACUGUUUUGACUCCAAACAUCAGAACUAUAAAUGUAAACGGAAAUCUUAUAACCACAAUUGAAGAUUUAACAGCGCUCACUAACCUUAGUCGUUUGUCACUUUCUAACAACAAUAUUACAGAAGUUUUUGAUCUCCACACAAAACUAGGCAAUCUUGUUUGCCUAGAUUUGUCUUCAAAUAAAAUUAGUGACUUAACGGCAUUUUCAAAAUUGUUUUCAAUAGAAAUGUUAGAUUUGGGAUCCAAUUAUGUAGCUAAUAUUGAUCAGAUAAAACAUCUAACAAAAUUACAUAAUAUGAACUAUUUAGUAUUGUCGGGUAAUCCUGUAUCCACUAUUGUUGACUAUAGGACUAAAAUGUUAGGACUAUUAAAUAAAAGAACAUCGGAUUUUUGUCUAGACAAUGAGCGACCAACUCAAAAAGAAUUGGAUACUGUGGCUAUAAAGCACGCGUUGAGACUGGCCAAAGAAGGAAAGACAUUAUUUGAUAGAUGAUAAUUGGUAACACUUACCUAGUACUAAAUUAUUAUACAAUUUACCUUUUUAUAAUAAUAACUAUUUACCUAUUUGAUAUUUUGCACUAUUAUUUUUUUUUAAUAUAUAUAUAUUUUUUAAUUAUAUCACAAGUAUUGAAAAUUGU